AUGUUCAUAGCCCUUCCUCCUUCCAACAUCACUGGCCUCCGGCAAUCCCUCCUAGACAUCAGCGACCCCACCAGUCCCAACUACGGGAGCCACCUGUCUAAAGAUGUGGCAGAGAGUUUCGCAGCGCCAGCGCCAGAGACUGUUCAAGCGGUCAACGCAUGGCUUGCGCAGCAUAACGUGACAUCGCAGACCAUUUCUCCCUCGGGAGACAUGCUACGCAUUGUCGUCCAUGUCGACACCGCGAACAGUUUGAUUAACGCCAACUAUACCCUAUCAUUGAGUCCGGGGACAAAUUCGACCGUUUAUACAACAAGCUCCUACUCAAUCCCGGCAGAACUACAGCCGCACAUAGCAUUUGUGUACCCCACUACGAAGGUUUUGCCUGCGGUGGUCAGCAAUCCUAAGAUUCGGGUAGUUCAGGCACUCAAGGCGUCCAACGAGACCCGAUCCAGCCGAUCGGAUGUUCCUUCUUCAUGUGCGCAGAUAACCACUCCACAGUGUCUCCAGGCACUCUACAACAUUCCUUCCGUCCCGGCGACUGCGGCUGGAAAUAGCCUUGGAGUAAGCGGCUUUUCCAACGAGGUAGCGAAUCAGACCGAUUUACAGCAAUUUCUGGCUGUUCUCCGCCCAGACUUUACCACUGGAACUUUCCGUGCACAAUCUAUUGACGGAGGUGCCGACAGUGGUCCGGGGACAGUUGAAGCCAGCCUCGAUAUCCAGUAUACAACCGGUAUAGCGACGAACGUCAACAACACAUUCCUGACCGUCGGUAGUCAGAAUCAAGAUGGCGUGUUUGGUUUCCUCGACAUUAUCAACACACUACUCGCGGAACCACAACCGCCUCUCGUUCUCACCACGAGUUUCGGCUUCGAUGAGACGUUCUUCCAAGAGAACCCCGGUAUCGCAAACACCUUGUGCAACGCGUAUGCACAGCUAGGGACCCGUGGAACAAGUGUCCUGUUUGCUUCUGGAGACGGCGGAGUAGCAGGCAGCCGCUCCAGUGACACCUGCAACGCUGACGGAUCUUUCGUACCCACGUUCCCUAGCGGAUGUCCCUACAUUACAUCCGUGGGUAGUACUCAGGGGAACAGUCCCGAGACAGCGGCACAGUUCUCAUCCGGUGGCUUCUCCAACGUUUUUGCAAGACCGUCGUAUCAAACCGCUGCCGUCGAAGCAUACCUGAACACGCUUGGCGACACCAACGCGGGGCUGUUCAACACCAGCGGACGCGCAUACCCUGACGUCUCCACGCAGGGUGUCAACUUUGCCGUCAACGUCGCAGGAACAUUCGAAGGGGUAGAUGGAACGAGCGCAUCGAGCCCGACGUUUGCGAGUGUGGUCGCCCUCCUGAACGACCGGCGCCUCAAUGCUGGUAAGGCUCCUCUGGGAUUCCUGAACCCCUUUCUGUACUCGAAUGCCGCGGCAUUCAACGACAUUACUUCGGGGAGCAACCCCGGUUGCAAUACACAAGGCUUCCCAGCGUCCCUGGGUUGGGAUCCGAUCACUGGCCUUGGAACGCCAGAUUUCGACAAGCUACUCCCAGUGGUCAUGGCGGUGUAGCCCGUUUGG